GAGCUCUUCGAGUACUUUUUCCACAGCGGCGGCUUCGAGGAGGCGGCGGCGGCGUCCUACGCGGGCCAGCUCUUCUCGGGCGUCGCCCACUGCCACGGCCGCGGCGUCUUCCACCGCGACGUCAAGCCCGAGAACCUCCUGCUCUCGGAGCACCUCCAGCUGAAGAUCGUCGACUUCGGGCUCGGCGCGGUCGACGACGGGCGGCCCCUGACGCACCCCUGCGGCACGGCGGGCUACAUGGCGCCGGAGAUCCUGGGCGCCUGCGAGCGCGGCGCCGCGGCGUGCUACGACGGCGCGCCCGCGGACUGCUGGUCCUGCGCCGUCGUCGCGUUCCUGCUCUGCAAGGGCGCGCCGCCGCUG